AUGUGGGAGACCUUUACUACAGAUCUCCUAGCCAACACUGGUUCACGAAAUGUGCUCGGUCUAGCGUCGCCCGCCUCGAACAUCGUCAAGCAUGUCCGCCAAAUUAACCUUCUGGACCGACCAAAGGCGUUCAAAGAAGCGGACCAGCUGCCACAAUUGCUGGCUGCCAUCCCUCGCGGUCAACUAUGUGGCUUCAAGAGCGGAAGUGGGGUACCUAUCAGUACGCUCGAGCUCCUACUGCAGAUACACCCGGAACUCGAACAUUUUAUCAUCCCUGGUACCCAGAUGUCGCAGAUAUUACAGUCGCCCUGGACUGGUUCAUCCUUAUCAAGCCUCACCCGGACGGAAGUCUCACCAAAUACUAUCACCCCACGAGAGUUUCGGGAGCUAUGGGUGCGAUGUCCUAAGCUGACGCAUAUCCGUAUGAUGCAGAGUGAAACUGUCACGUCGACGUCAAUCAACUUGGACGAAGGUUAUUUCGGGGUCGAUACAACAUCUGCAGUCUCACAAGGUGGAUCAGACACGACGCAGUCGGACACGGUCAGCCUUCGACUAAGCAGCCUUCAUAUCGGUGCUCUCAUCCUCCCUGCGACUUUUGGCACCAUGUUCCAGCGGAUAGACAUCAUUGCUCUUACCGAACUCGUCCUCGAUGGUACCGCACGCGUCGCUAAACUCUUGGAGUCCAUGGGCUCGGACUUCCAGAAGCGAGAACCCUCUCUGAGGAAGCUACGGCUUUCCAAGAAGAAUGAGGGAGAGUCAAAUCAGACCAAAUCGCAACUACAGCUGUUCCUGCUCUCCUUCCACGGACUACGCCAGCUACACUUCGAGUGCAACGACUGCACCAAGAUCGAUGUGGAUGCCAUUAUCAACCACGGAGAGACACUCACUGAUCUACUCGUCGUCAAUGGAGGUAUGCAUCGGCAAGAUGCGACUAAAUGUAUGAGCGCGGAAGAUCUGCGGAAGGUCGCGACCGCAUGUCCGAAUCUAGAGCAACUAUGCCUCAACCUAUACGAGAUCGAUCCGGAUACACCAGAAGGAGACUUCCUCGGCCCGAAAACGUCCGUACCUUCAGAAUCGACAGAGUUCGAAAAGGCUUUGAGCGCUAUCGCCAGCAUGAAAGCGUUACGGCUACUACGCUUGACGAACCCGCCCAACUAUCGCAAAGCUUAUCACCGCCAAGGAGAGUUCAUGCGCUUCUUCCGUCGAUCACUUGAGAGCGGAGAGCAACGCUACGCGUUCCAAGCCCGAGCGGACAGCAUCGUGCGAUACAUGGGUGACCGUGGCUCGAACAUCAAGCUCCUCGCAUUCUCUCCCAUUGGAUUGCUGACAAAAGCUGCCACGGCGGACAAGAACGGCCAUGUUUGGCCCGAAUACUUCUACUCCUGCGAGCGGAUGAAGGGAAAUCGAGGUACGGAGAUCUCAAUCGCGAGGGCAGUGAGGGACUGGAAGGCAGAGAUGCCGGAGGCUACUAUCUUAAACGAGGGAUGA